AUGAAUAACGCCAUACUGAGGGAACACCUAAACAAAUCUCAGGGCAAUCCGGCCGCGUAUGGCAUAACACUGAUCAAUCACCCGAUGGUGGACACGUCAUACACCCUGUCCCAGGAGCAGAUUCUGCAGGGCACCGACGUGUUGAUCGCCAUAUUCAUCAUAGUAGCCAUGUCCUUUGUACCUGCCUCAUUCGUACUGUUCCUGGUGUACGAGCGGUUCACGAAAGCCAAACACUUGCAGUUCGUGUCUGGCGUUAAUGUCAUAGUCUACUGGACGGCCAACUACUUCUGGGAUAUGUGCUCGUAUGUGGUGCCGGCCAUGUGUUGUAUCCUAAUUCUGCUCAUCUUCGACAUCCCCGCCUACACCUCAAAGAAUAACUUUCCGGCAGUUGUGUCGCUGUUCUUGAUGUACGGCUGGUCUGUCACACCAGUCAUGUAUCCGGUGUCGUUCCUCUUUGAAGAGCCCUCCACUGCCUAUAUCUGUCUCAUUGUCAUCAACCUCUUCGUUGGCAUCACGUGUAUUGUCACGUCAUUCCUGUUGGAGGCCUUCCUCUUCUCGUCAUACGUUCCG